AUGCCGCUCACCACGUAUGCCCGCACCCUCGUGUCGGGCAACAAGGCGCGCUUCAUCGACCAGGAGGCGGACAUCAACCUCGACCUAGUCUAUGUCACCGACCGGAUCAUCAUAAUGGGAUACCCCGCAGCAGGCGUGAAAUCGCUCUAUAGGAAUAAGCGCGACGACGUCCUCCGGUUCCUAAACGCGCGCCAUGGCGACAAGUGGUGGAUCUGGAACUUGUGCCCACAGACCGAGAACGCGUACUCCUCCGAGAGUAUGGGUGGACGCGUGUCGAGAUAUCCGUUCCCAGACCACAACCCACCACCACUUCCACUCCUCCCCCUAGCUGUGCGUGAGAUGACGGCAUGGCUUGCCCGCGAUCCGGAGAACAUUGCCAUCAUACACUGUAAAGCUGGUAAGGGGCGAUCUGGGACACUCCUCGUGUCGUACCUCCUCUCACUACCGGAGCUUCCUCCUCCUCCCAAAGAGGGGGGACCACAUCUAGACGACAGUAAGGUCGAAGCCUUGAAGGACAAGAUCAAGCAGAAGGAAAUACGCGGGGCUGAUGAUGCGGCGCCUAAUGAUGAGACAGAGGACGUACAGACUGAGGGGGAGGUGUUGAGCGAGGCCCAAGGCGGCGAUUCGAGCGAGGAGGACACGGUGUCCGCUCCCGGCCCCAAACCGCAACUGAUCCGCCACGACACGCAUGUCGAGCCCGUCGCGUCGCCAAUCCCGGACCAGCCUAAGAACUCAUAUACGCCGAUCGGUAUCGGAGACGAGGAGCUACUCGAAGCACCCGGCCAGUGGGAUCGGCGAGACGGCAAGCUCGACGCCAUCUUCUCCUUUCAUUCAAGCAGACGAAUGAAGCCAAGUACGACCAAGGCGCGGCGCGGCGUCUCCAUUGCCUCACAACGGCGCUGGUGUCGCUAUCUCCACCUGCUGUUCCUCAAGAAGGGACCUGUGUCCUACCUCGCAAAUACGGGGCACGUGCGCCUCCUCUCGGUAACUCUUGUGCUGAAGCGCCCACACGGGUGGCAGAAGCCGCUCGCGUCGCUCGUGGUCGGCGGGAACGGGGGGCAGGGUAAGGCGGGCGCAACGGUAGCGCGGUACAAGGACGAAUACGUCGCACAACUGCGUGCACUGGGUGGGGACGGCGAGGGGGUCGAGGGCGACAUCACGUGGGGCGGCGUAGCGGGUGAUGGGGUGUACGACAACGCGAAGAUGUUGAAAGUCUUUGCCAAGUUGGCACCAGGCGACGUGGACGAUAAGACCCUUGUGGAACCUGGCGAAGAGGACCAGUACAACGUACAUCACCUUGUCCCACCGCAGGAGGUGGUGCUCGACCGGGGCCGCGAGUUCCGCCUCAAGCUGCACCUCGGCUCGUUGCCCUUGGGUUGGGCGUGGUUGAUCCCGGCAUUCCAUCUCCCGGAACCGGCCACACCAGGCAACAUAGUGGUAUUCGACGUGCCACGCUCCCAACUGGAUUUUCCGCUCGGGCCUGGUGCCGCCGUCAAGCGCGUGAUUAUCCGGCUUGAGGAGGUGGAUCUGGCUAGCUAA